AAGAUGGACCGCGGGCGGAUGCACCAAGAUGCGACUACUUGCUGGAUGCACUGGGUAUGUUCUGUGGCACGUCGGUCGAACGGUGCUGUAGCUAACCCUCCAUCAACCAUCCCUCGAGCGACCCAUCUUAUCUCUCUAUCUCUAUCCAUCAAUCAGCCAGGACCCGGACGGUCAGAGUCGUCUACCAGUCUAGAGCCAUCGGUAUCGGAUUCCCGGUCGCAUAGCCCACCACCUCGGUGCAUACCAGGGCACCACAAUCAUCACCCCACCCGAACCAAUUGAACCCCGUUCGCCAUCUACGCCGAGCAGCUCUCUUUCUAGACUCUGCUCCCAGAGUUAGAACGGGAGCUUCUCCACAAAACCAAAAGAGAACAGGAGCGGAAAAAGAAAGAAAGGGGAAAAAAAAAAGCCAGUGAGGCGGGGGAAAGACGAGAGGAUAAUAAAACCGGGCUACAAAAACAACGCACGCCGCUUCUAUAGACCCAGAGAGACAACCAGCCCCGAUAUUGAGACAGACACACAAGGUGGGUAGAAAGGCCAGACAAGCAAGCAGGAAAGCGAGCUGAGCUGAGCUGGACGUGCGGAAUACAAAAACCAAUCACCUCAGGACCACACACACACACACACACACUCACAUAUAUCCAUAUCCAUAUCCAUAUAUACGUCGCGCGCAAAGAAUGAGGAUCUCUUCGCCCUGGACGCUGGCGGCGGUGCAGGUUCUGGGCCUGCUGGGUCCGCGAGCCGCCUUCGGCGCCCCCUCUGCGGCGGGGGCGAAGGGGACUGGGCCAGAGGACGUCGUCAUGGAGCGGCCUCGUGGACGAGAACAUCAGCCUGAGGGCCAGAGGGGCAUGAUGCUCGUCUCGUCUCCGCGGCCGCUGCGGGAGGUGGAGCAUGAACACGAGCACGAGCACGAGCACGAGCAGUUUCUCGACGAGAGUCUGCCGACGGACCACGCUUCUUCUUCUGCUUUUGGGUCGGGGAUCGAGGCCUUGUUCUCGUACACGCCGUACAAGAUCCCCUUGCCUCCCCUGUUUGCCGAGUCGAUGGCGCGGUCGUCCUCCCCUGUCUCGUCCAACGAGGGCGAAGAUGAGAGCAAAGACGAACAACAACGAGGAGCAGAAGACGCCACCGUCGCCAUCCCGUCGCGGUACUACUCGACCGUCCUGGGCCGACGGCUCCUGGCCCUUUCGUCGCACGGGGUCCUCACGACCGUCUUCCCCGCGAACCUCUCGUCCUCCUCGUCGUCAUCGGACCCCUCCGCCCAGGGGGUCCCGGCCUCGGUGGCAGACACGCCCAUCGGACUCCCCGAGUACAUCGCCUCGUGCGAGGAGCCGAGCGGCAACCCGACCAUCCUGUCGCUCAAGGUGUCGACGUCGACCCGCAACGCCGCGGCCGGGUCUAAUGUCUCACUCACCCUCAGCUGGUGGGACGAGUACAUCCAUCUGACGGGACAGAGGCCCUGGGCGCUGGCGAACCUCCCCCGGCUGAGCUUGACCGGCUAUCUGGAGGAGAUAUCUGCAGACCAGGUCAGUCCAAAGGCCCUAGAGACCUGCUUCUUGCGGAAGCACAGGGACAGUGUCAUGUGGCUUCCCGGCCGCAAGUGGGCUGCACAUCAAGGCUUUUGGACUCGGUUGGUUGUGACGCAGGCGUAUUGGAUCGGCGGCUUUGGGGACAAGAACUAUAUUGGCUGGUUUGAUCCUGACGAGUGGAGGACGGUGAGGAAAGAGGACUGGGAGGCUGUUCGACUGCCGGGAGAAAAGGAGUGAAGAAUCUGUUCGAGGUUUGGGAAAGCCUGGCGAGUAACUAAUGCGUAAACAGAUUUGGCAGAAGUCAAGCAAAACAUAUUCGACGAGAUCACAGUUUGGAAAGAAUACUAAUUCAUUGUCUGUAGAAUUUAACAGUCACAACCAAACUGUUCCUGCGAGGUCAGCUUGUCAAUAAUGGAGACCACCCCAGUCCUUGGAUGAAUAGGUCGACGGCGAUUCAUGUUGCGAUACACUAGGAUCCGAUGCUGAUUGUACGAAAGCCUGAAGCUUCAUGCCUAGUGUUGACCUCCCCUUCAUACUCCACAAUCAGGAAGUCGAUUAUUCCGAGCACAAUGGACCGUCGUCUAUUUCUUUUCGCCAGAAAUGCUGCUAGCAAGAUCUGAUAGCAAUGUCAGCUUGAGGAUGCGAAGAAGAUGCGUGGUGAGACCGGCAUACCUGACGCAGCUUUGCUAGCACUGUUCAGAACAUUGGCAGUCAUCUCCUGAGCCUGCUGCAGAUAAGUCUUGCCUGACUCCUGUGCAGCUGAAGUGUUGGAACUGGCUGUCUGGCCGACGGAAGAAGCAGCUUCUUGCGCCUGUUGCAGGUAUUCCUUGCCUGACUCCUGCGCUGCGCCGGCAGUCGAGCUAGCCU